UUUUACCGGAGUGCCGUCCUUCUGUUCGUGUAACCAUUUCUACUUAUUUUACAUUUUACUGUUCAUUGGCCCUUGGGUUGAUGAUCAUUUUGUGCUUCACUGUAACAUAGUGUUAUGAAAGCAGUGGUCCUUCCGCUAUGACCUACAGCAGUUGAUCUGGGUGGAUGUCUGUUAAGCCUAAAGUCAACAAGGCCCUAGCAGUGUUAGACCCUAAAGGGGCAACCCCUCUAGAAAAGUCGGGGAACAGGGACCCCGUGAAAGAGGUUAGCUAGUGUGCAGGAUAGCCACUGUUAUAACACUCUCUAGAAGAAGUGAGUCAGUGAGCAUUAGUAAGCAAGAGCAGAAUUUCAGCUCCAACAAGAAGGAUAUAGAGAAUUAGCUCAACAACACCCUCACAUGCUCUUCCCACUUAGUGAAAGCCCAUCCCAUCGAAAGAGGGUCCAGUGUAGCCCAUGCUCUACCUCACUAGUUGAUAUUUGCCUUUUUAAGCCUAAUUAGGGUUACUAAAAUAUAUAAGCAAUGCAGUUAGAACAGUAAAAUAACAGUUUCAACAUAAUACAUAUAAUUUUAGGCAAUAUAACGAUGGGUACCCUCCUUGCAUGGAAUUGUCCACUAUCUCUUUAAGAACUUGAGUGUGUACACUACGGGUCUUGAGAUCUACUUAUCACCAGCUAAAGGUCUACUGGUAGAUCCCGAUCUACCUUUUGGGCACCCCUGCCGUAAAUGUUGGGAGGGCCCAGAAAUAUUUUCAGUUUGAGGCCUGGGGUCGGCAACAUCAGUGGCUGAUUUAAAUAAGGGAAAUAUAAUCGGUAACCUGGAACCCAUAAUUUCAAGGGGACUCAGAACUGUGGAAAAGGGGUGGUGCAAUGUAGGUUCGGGCAGAUGCGAGAUAUAGCCCAUUUCCAAAGGAAUAAUUAAUAUUCCCCUGGGUAAUUUACAGCCCAGUGCUUUCAAUCUGAUUUUUGUACAGUUCCACCGCUUUAUUCUGUACUACAGGAUCACCGUACCGGAGGCCACCCCUUUAGACUAGAAGAAAAGAACUUUCAUUUGAAGCAACAUAGGUGGUUCUUUACAGUCAGGACAGUGAGGUUGUGGAAUGCCCUGUUCGGGUGAUGUUGUGAUGCUGAUUCUGUUACUGCUUUUAAGCAAGGCAUGGAUGAUUUCUGGGACAAGUAUAUUAUUGUCAGGACCGCUGCUGCUGGGAGCGCCCGUCAGUCCCUUCCCGGCGGUCACAGAGAAUCCAAGAUAGCGGCGCCCAUACAGCACACGUGGGUUCUGCGAUGCCGGGGCGGUGACGCCGGCGUGAUGGCAUCACUGUUGGCGCCAAGUUUUGAAAUAAAAAUGCGCCCAGGUUGCUGAAACCCUGCCCAAUUAUAGUAUAGGUGUUAUUAUUAUUGCAAAAGGUUUAAAGUUCACAAGGAUAUUGUUAUUAUUAUUGCCUAAAGCUAUUAUUCUGGACCUUGACCCCUGCUUUGACCCGGUUUACGAUCCCUUCUGUCUGCCUUGUGAUUUUCAGCCUGUUCCUGACUACGCCUUCUGGUUUAACCCCUUUGAUACCGUGAACUCGGACUUUGACCCAGCUUACUCCUUGUUCCUGACUACUCUGGCUGGGAGCCGUUAGGCCCCUUCUGACAAUUUCAAGGCUAUUGUGAUACUAACAUCUAUAGUUAGUAUAGAUAUGGGUAUAUAAAGUUUAUGUGAGUGUGUAGAGGGGUCAAUUUCAGUGUGUGUAUGUAUGGAUGCUGGAUUUCAUUUGGAGGGGUUUAACUUGAUAGACGAUGGUUGUUUUUAUAACCCUAUUUGACUAUGUAACUAUGCAACAUUGUAUAUCAUGUCAGAGCACUCAUGGCACUGUUCCACAUCCUCCUGUUUACAGUAAGCCUUCAAUUGUUCUCAUCUUGUGACACACCCAGGUGAUCACUUUACUUGUUAGUAAAGUGAUCUCCAGUUCUUCACUCUAUAUAUUUUAAUAUUCUUAGGGGAAAGCAUUUGAAUUUGUCGGAGUGAAUCCUCCAAAAGUGAUCUAAAAGACUUUUGCAAAGAUCCGUGAACUGCCAUCUUCUUUCUGUAUUAACAGGAUACUAGACUGGACAAGCACAAGAACCAAUGAUGGAAGCAAGAAAUUGGACAACACUGUUUGAAGAUGAGUUGGAACGAAUUGCAGCACCACAUGAGUGGGCAUUCACCUUGGAUAGCACUCUCCAAAAACAGUCAGACGGAUGGCUGAUUUACACACCAUGGACCUUUGGCAGGUUCCGUUGCUCAUUCUGUAGUAAUUGCUGGGACUCUGCUCAGGUGAACCUGUUAUUUCUCCUGAAACUAUACAGAUUCAGGAGAUGUGGCGAAGUGAAACUGAGAAUUUUCAAACAGAAAUGUAGGAUGUGCACCUUUCCUGUUAUGGAAGAGCCUGAAAUAUCCCAGGAGAAUAUCAGAAUUGCCAUAGCUAAUCUGGUCAACAGGAUCCAGAGAAAAAUCUACGGGAAGAACAAUUGCAUUAAAGACCAAAAACCUGUGGCGCCAGACAAUUACAUAGAAGGCCCUCAUAAAAAGGAGCACUGCGAGGCAUGCCAGGCAAAAGUCUGUUACACCUCCAUGCUAAAUAUGGACAGAAAUAUAAAAGGCGAUAUAUUUGGUUUAGUUCCUAUGCUACUUGCAGUCUUAUUCAUUAUAAUUGUAAUCAUAAUUUUAAUUAAAUGUAAUUAAAAAUACA